UGGGCUGUACUUUUGUUGUGAUUGUUACUUCAGUGCACUCUUGCUAAUGGAGAGAGUAACCGUCACCACCGGGUACAUACAUGGAUAAAAUGGCCAAUGUGAACAAGUCUCUCCCUCAUCGCUUGUGACCUCUAAGGUACUGGCACCUUUCCUGCCUUGGAGCAAAAAGAAUAAUCAAGAGGAGAUGAAAACAAUGAUUGCUUUCCACUUGUCAUCAGCCAGUACUUUAAGACUCUUGGAGAAAGACUGAUAAAAAGUGGAAGGGAUCUUCAGAAAUACAGUGAGAGGUUGAUACAAGGAGAAAAAAAACCGCAAAUCUAAGCUUUAUAGAAGAGAGAAGAUGGCUUUCUUGGACAACCCAGCCAUUAUUCUGGCCCACAUCAGACAGUCUCAUGUGACCAGUGAUGAUACAGGAAUGUGUGAGAUGGUACUAAUAGACCAGGAUGUGGAUCUCGAGAAGUGCCAGUUGGCUUUGGUGCCUGGCAGCAGCUGUGGAUCAACAGGGUCAGGCUCUCUGAGUGAGGGGGGUAACAACCUGACAGACAAUCAUGCUUGUGACCUUUCCCAGUCGAUGGACAUCACCUCCAGCUGGGACUUUGGCAUACGUCGACGCUCCAACACAGCCCAAAGACUUGAAAGGUUAAGGAAAGAACGCCAGAACCAAAUCAAAUGUAAAAAUAUUCAAUGGAAAGAGAGGACAGCCUCCCAGUCAGUGGAGGAUCUGGGGUCCCUGUUUGAGAAACGGGACUUCAAAGACAGGCCGCGGACAACAGGUACCAAAUCCACCCUUUCACUGCGGCUUGAGCAGUGUCCCCAGCAGCUUAACAACCCCUUCAAUGAAUACUCCAAGUUUGAUGGCAAGGGCCACAUUGGCACAACAGCUACAAAAAAAAUAGACGUCUACCUCUCAAUGCAGAUGGGUCAGGAGAAAGUGCAUCCAAUGACAGUGGUGACCAUUGCCAAUGCCCGCGUCCAUGACCUCAUCGGCCUCAUCUGUUGGCAGUACACAAGUGAGGGACGAGAACCUAAACUUAACGAGAAUGUGAACGCUUAUUGCCUCCACAUUGCCGAGGAUGAUGGCGAGGUAGACACGGACUUCCCGCCACUUGACUCCAAUGAGCCAAUCCAUAAGUUUGGUUUCAGCACUCUUGCCCUGGUGGAGAAAUACUCUUCACCUGGCCUUGCUUCCAGACAGUCACUAUUUGUCAGAAUAAAUGCUGCUCAUGGUUUCUCUUUAAUUCCUGUGGACAGUCUGAAGGUAACCAUGAAAGAAAUUCUCCAGAAGGCACUCAAGAAGAGGAAAGGCUCACAGAAAGGCUCAGGGCCCAUGUACCGUCUGGAGAAGCAAACUGAGCCAAAUGUGGCAGUAGACUUGGAUUCAACACUUGAGAGCCAGAGCACCCUGGAGUUUUGCCUGGUCAGAGAAAACAGCUCCAGGGGCGAAGAGAGCUCAGAGGAAGAUCCUCCUAUUGACAUCACCACAGUCCAAGAUAUGCUGAGCAGUCACCACUAUAAGUCCUUCAAGAUCAGUAUGAUCCACAAGCUACGCUUCACCACAGAUGUCCAGCUAGGCAUUUCAGGAGAGAAAGUGGAAAUUGAUCCUGUCACCAAUCAGAAGGCUAGUACCAAGUUUUGGAUUCGGCAGAAACCUAUUUCUAUCGACUCGGACCAUCUUUGUGCCUGUGACCUUGUAGAGGAGAGAAGCCCCAGUCAUGCAAUUUUUAAACUCACCUAUCUCAGCAAUCAUGACUACAAGCCUCUCUACUUUGAGUCUGAUGCUGCUACUGUCAAUGAAAUAGUUCUAAAGGUGAACUAUAUCCUGGAGUCCCGGGCCAGCACCUCUCGGGCUGAUUACUUUGCCCAGAAGCAGCGGAAACUGAGUCGCCGGACAAGCUUCAGUUUUCAGAAGGAAAAGAAGACGGGCCAGUAGACAGGCCAUCUGCCUGUAUGUGCACAGACUGACCCAUCAACAUACUCAUAUAAAGAAAGCAUUACUCUGAACCAACGAGGAGACAGGAGAGUCAAGUCUGAGGAGACAGGCAGAAAACAGACAGCAAAGAUGUGUGUCUGCUCUUGCUGAACAAGUUUCUGAAACUGUAUGGGCAAUGUAAGGCCAGGAGCAAAAAGAAACCCUAAACAUCCUUUUUCUACAAAAGAAAAUGUCUUUUAAGAAUUGUGGGACAGAGUUUUGACUGCCAUGUCACCGUGAGUUCUUGUUUGUUCACUGCCUCGAAGUAUAGCUUCAUUCUUUAGGAUGGAUUUGUAUAACCUCAGUGAGUGGGUUAAAAAAAAAAAAAAGCAAAGCUACAUGCUAAAUGUCUGCUUCUGACCUUCAUUUUUAAAAGAAGUAACAUAAAACAUGACAAUUUUUUUUAUAAUUUUAUUCUGUUUUGUCAAUCCACACAGUUUUCCGAUAAAUUGGCAGGUAAAAUGUA